UUGACCAGACUUAUCGUGUUUUUAAUAACAGCACAGUAAUAAUAUCGCUCUUCAAGAUUUGUAUUCGGGCUACAGUAUUUAUUUAUGGAUCCAGCCUAGAACUUCAACCUCCUAUUCUCUAGUUUAUUUUUAUAGAAAGAACAGUGAAGAGAAAAAAUAGAUAACUCAUGACUAUAAUGGGGAGCCAGGGCUUUAAUGUCCCAACUAUUCCUCCAGAUUUAAGAAGAGAAGAAACUAUACAUCAGAUAGCAGAUGCUCUAGACUAUUUAGAUAAGGUAGCAAAUGAAGUAUUUGCAAGAAUUGGCAAACGAGUCGUGGAGAACAAAGCUCAUUUACAGAAAAUCAAUGAUCGAGUUAACCUUGCAACAGCACAGGUAGAGAAAUUAAAGGGAAGCAACAAAGCAACUAAAGUUUUUGCUAGUGCAAAGUACCCUGCUGUUGAUAAACUUGAACCAUUUAAUACAUCUUUCUCUGACACUGAUGGCUUACAGGAUAUAAAACAUUCAAAUUUUAAGGUUCAAGAAAAACAUGCCAUUGUGGAUGACAGAAUUUUAAAAGAGAAAUUAAAAUUUUAUAACGUUCAUCUUGGGACGAAAGCUAGGAAAAAUGCAAGCAGUCAGGGAGAGGGUUUGGGAGGUUUACCCAGAAAUACAUCCUCUGUCAGUUCACUGCUUCUAUUUAACACCACGGAAAAUCCAUAUAAGAAGUAUGUCCUGCUUGACCCUCUUGGUGUCGUAACAAAGACACGGUCAGCCAUAGAAGAGGAAGUCAAUGCUAUGGCAGAAGCACCAUCUACUAUUGUACACAAUGAAGAAAUGUUUCGAGCAACUGCUGAGAAUUUUUUAUACAUGCCAAAGUUGGGUACUGUACCAGAGAUUGCUGUCCCGGAACUAUUGCCAAAUCUUCCAGGUGUUGCGGAUGAUUUAGCAUUUAGUGGAGACCAAGGCACUUCAAUUGCACCUUCAGUGAUGGGAUCUAAUGUGCCAGAUUUACCUUCAUUUUUACCUGAGCAAGAAAUUACACCUGGUCCAGCACCAGGUGGACCACCCCCACCCCCACCACCUUCUGGUCCUCCCCCACCAGAACCACCUCCACCACCCCCACCACCAUCUGGUCCACCCCCACCACCCCCUCCACCUCCACCCAGUGCACCACCACCACCCCCUCCACCAGGCCCACCGCCACCUGCUCCAGAAUCCGUUCCCAAAGAUGUCGCUGCACCCUCUACAGGACGUCAAAGUCUUCUAGACUCAAUUGUCAAAGCUGGAGGUGCAGCAGGAGCAGGCCUCAAAUCCGCCAAAGAGAGAAAAGUUAAUAAUAAAAAGAAAAAACAAGAAGAGAAAGCCCCACCUAAAGGGGGUGGAGAUCUUAUGGGUGAUCUCCAUUCUAAACUAUCCAUGAGAAGAAAAGGUAUAUCGGGUAAUGUUAAAGUGGGCGAGAAGUCUGAGUUACCUGCGGGCAAUAGUGGAGGUGCAUCGUCAGCUUUAGAAAAGAUUUCUUCAAUGAUACCAGCACCACCUAAAAAUUCAUCAUCAGCUGUUGCAGCAGGAAGUGAUGAUGACUGGGAAGAUUAGACUCAUAUUUUAUACAAAAGGAAGCGCUACACAAUUGUUACAAAGUUUUAACAUUAAUUUGACUUAAAUGAAUGACUUGCAUAAUGUUUUAUAAAAUGUUUUCAAAUGUAUUUUUAAUAGACUUGAAAAAUGAUUAUGUAAGAAGACUUAAUGUCAUGACUAUCAAUAAUAAGUGAUGUUUUUACCGUAGCUGUAAUGCCAAAACAAUUGUGUGUAUUGGGUAAAACUGUUUUGUGUGUAUUUAACUGCUUUGUCUUUGAAUGAACAUUCCAUAUGUUAUGGGUAGUAAAUUAGCUACAAAAAAAAGCAAAACUUAUAAAUUAGUUUUCCUUCAUAAUGUAUAUAGUAUAUGACAAAAUUUAUGUUAAAUUAGCCUAUAGUGCUGUGAUACUCUAAAUAAUAAUAAAAUGUUAAGUUUUC